ACCAAUGAGAACUUGUGAUAUAGCCGGCGUGUUUAGCAAGCGUUCAGUUGCGAAACGCACUAGGAGGAAGCAAACGAAGAAAACCUCUACGCACCUCUUUAUUAUUCUUCAUUGCGCCUCCAAUCACCAAAACCACGCACAUUUCACUCUUUCACUCUACCUCGCUCCCUCACAAUGGCCGACUUUUCCAUCAACGAUUCCACCAAUUCCAGCUCUCCUCGUCCAAAUUACGCCGAGAUUGUUGUGGUACGUCACGGUGAAACAGCUUGGAACGCAAUCAGUAAAAUCCAGGGACAGCUGGAUGUUGAAUUAAAUGAAACUGGAAGACAGCAAGCAGCUGCAGUGGCUGAUAGACUCUCCAAGGAACCCAAGCUCUCAGUUAUAUAUUCUUCGGACCUCGAAAGAGCUUUUGAAACAGCGCAGAUAAUUGCAUCCAAAUGUGGAGGGGUGGAGGUUAUCAAGGAUGCUGACCUACGGGAAAGACACCUAGGGGAUCUUCAAGGCCUGGUUUAUAGUGAACUGCCAAAAACUACUCCCAAAGCAUACAAGGCAUUUGUGUCUAAGAACGAAGAUAUGGAAAUACCAGGAGGCGGCGAAAGUCUUGUUCAACUUUAUGAUCGCUCCACAUCUGCAUUGCUUAGAAUUGGCACGAAGCAUAUAGGGGAGAGAGUAGCCGUUGUCACUCACGGAGGAUUCAUCAGAUCCCUAUACAAGCGGGCCUGCCCGGAUGGAGGGUUUGCUGGGAAGGUACUCAACACAUCUGUCAGUGUUUUUCACUUAGAUGUUGAGGAUAAAUGGAGCUUAAAAAUGUGGGGUGAUGUUAGCCAUUUGAGCCAAACUGGAUUUCUACAGUCUGGUUUUGGGGGUGAUAAAACUUCUGGAUAGACAAUUCACCAUUGUUUCCCAUCCAACAGUUUGGUUGUUUCCCAAUCAUAGUAAAACUAAGGUUUGGAUAAAGAGUGGAAAGGGAUAUUAAGCAGAGAUCGAUCAUAAAUAAGAAUUUGGCUCCCAAAAUGGGAUUUUUUUAUUUUUUGUAUCUUAUCAUGCAAAUCUAUUGUCACUGUGUAAUGUUUGUACACUAUUAGUUUUCUGGCAAUGGGGUAUCAAUCUUUAUUACAAAA